CACAAUCAUCACCUUUAUCAAAUAAACUCAGCACAUCGGCGGCGGUUGAGAUUAUAGCAGCAAUCAUGGCUACCAAGAAAGAAGAGACCUUCUAUGAGCUCUACCGCCGUACUAGUCUGGGCAUAUGUCUCACAGAUGCUCUGGACGAUCUCAUCACGAAUGAUCGUAUCAAUCCUCAACUCGCCAUGAGAAUUUUGGCGAAUUUUGAUCGUGUCGUGGCCGAGACUUUACAAGAGAAAGUCAAAGCCAGGCUUCAGUUUAAGGGAGCUCUCGACAACUACCGCUUUUGCGACGACGUAUGGACCUUUGUGAUCAAGAAUAUCAACUUUAAGCUGGAUGGCGGCAACCAGACCAUCCAAGCCGACAAAGUCAAGAUUGUUAGCUGCAAUGCCAAACGUCCUGGAACAGAUGCUUAGAACACGUCUGUUCCACAAGUCAAAUCGCCACGUAAGCGAGAAGCGAGAUCGAAGAGAGUAUCGAAGUCGGAGAGUAGUGCAAAGGUGAAGAAGGAGGUGCCUGACCUCAAGAUUGAACGUCGCUCCUACUCUGCCACCUCGACGCUGCAUCACAAUGCUCACUUGAAGCGUGAGGAGUCUCCCGACGCUAAAGACUUGAACGGCGAAGGUUGGCCAGUGAAAUGACCACGUCGCCCGCGGCAGUAUACAGAGAUCGGAGGAUGAAAAGGGACUUGCGGCUUUUUACAAAGCUUCUGCAGUUCCUGUACAUGGUUGCUUAUCUUUUGGGCUCAUCAUUUUGCGAUCCCGCUAGGGGGGUCGAACGGCGUUCUGGAUCAUACACUUUGAAGGCGCUCGGUAGGAUGGCGUUAGUUGGGCAGACCUCACCUUUUCUUUUUUUUUUUUUUCCUUAGGGACUUGAUAUUUGCAUACGUACCUAUUUACUUACAGAAUCAACAGGCUGGAUGACCAGUUUGUGACCAGUCAUAAUCCACAGAACAGCGUUUUAAGUACUUCCAAGGACUCAAAUUCAUUUCCCUAGUUACCUGCUAAAUAAUUGUGCAGUUGGGAUGAAUCAGCUUCGAUUUGUUUUGCGAAACUUUAAAAAGCCUGCUCAUCAUUUCGGUAUAGGCCUCUACAUAGUGUCUGUAGGGCCUUCAUCACCACUGAGACUAUGAAAGCGAUAUCCGUUGAAUACGGAUCCCAGCUUGACUGUUUACGGCGGUGACGUGUUAUGGUUCCAUGCCAGGAACCAUUGA